GCUUAUACUGAGGCAUUUGAUUAGUCAGUCAACGAUGUCACGAAGUAAAAAUCGAAUAAAUACAAACAUUUCACAACGUCUAUUUAUGACUCUACUGUUUUCUAAUUAUGAAAAGGUUAAUGGUUUAUAAAAAAUUACAUUUAAACACAUUUUGUAGAGAGCAUCGAUGCACACUUGUUUUUCCGCAAAGACUUCUGGGAAAUUUCUAGUGCAAUGGACUUUAAUGUGAGUAUGGAGUAAGGAAUUUGGAACCAUGGUGAGAACUUCAAUGCCAAAACGUGAACAAAACCAACAAAAAAUAUGCUUAUAACUGUUUUUUUUUUUUUUUUUUUCCUUUUUUGGGGGGGGGGAAAUUAUCAUUGCAAUGUUUGAAAAAAAUAAGACACCAAAAAAAAAAAGAGUAAAAAAGUAACAAAGCCAAAGUGAUGACUCAAUUAAUCAACAAUACUAUCAGGCUGAUUGUUUUAAUCAUUAGAUAAUUGUUACAUUGAUUUAUCUACAAAAUAUCUUUAAAUAAAUAAUUUUAGACUUUAGUCCCUCCUUAAUUAAAUGAUCUAAUUGUUAUCAGCAAACAAUCAUGAACAAAUCCACUCAGUGCAGUUACAUCACAAACACGAGGCUCUUUCCUAGAGAGUUAAAGGUAUUAACUGCGACAACUUUCCGUUUUUUUUAACAUUGUUCGCCAAGUUCUGGUAAUAAAGAGUGCAUGUGUGGAUGAAAAGUUUAAAAAAGAGGAGAAAACAGAUAAGAGAAGAACAACAAGAGGAGAAGAAGAAGAGGAGGAGGAGGAGGAGGAAGAGCUGACGGGAGGCAGGAUGGGAGGGGGGAGGCUCGGUAAAUAGAGGAGACGCAUCAUUUGCGCGGCGGUGAAAGCCACAUCUCCUAGUUGCAGUGAAGGCAGCGCAGCGCCGCGUUUAUAACACACUGCUCUUGUAAAGCCAGAUCAUGUGGAUAUACAAGCUGAUGUUCGGACUCCUGGUAGUUCAGAGUGCCGAGGGGAAGAGAAAUGCGCUCCAAGACUACCAGAAAUCUGAGGGCAUCCAGCUGACUCUUUCCCCGGGCUCAGCCCCUCUGACCAAAAGCAGGAAGCUCAGCAUAUCCAAGUGCGCCAAAUCCUGCAGCCGCAACCGGAGACUCCCAUUCGCCUGCAGAGCCUUCCACUAUGAUCGUACAAAUGGGAAAUGCCAGUGGCUGUCAUUUGACAGGAACGCACCAGGAGCUCAAAGCCACCCGAAUCCAAACUACGAGCUCUAUCAAAAGAAAGACUAUGUGCGAGAGUGCAUCUUAGGGACAGGUCAGAGUUACAGAGGUCGAAGGUCGGUGACAGUUACCGGGAUCCUGUGCCAGGCCUGGGCCUCCCUCAUUCCACAUGAACACAAAUUCAUGUCCAAGAGGUUCAAGAAGAGCGACCUCAGAGAAAACUACUGCCGCAAUCCGGACAACUCAACCGUUGGUCCAUGGUGCUUUACCACGGAUCCUAGACCCCACCUCAGACAUCAGGAGUGCGGAAUACCGCAGUGCUCUGAAGUUGAGUGUGUGAAGUGCAACGGGGAAGAUUAUAGAGGACCUAUGGACCACACAGAAAGUGGAAAAGAAUGCCAACGGUGGGACCUGGAUGACCCACACAAACACCUGUUCCACCCAAAGAGGUACCCCGACAAGGGCCUAGACGACAAUUACUGUCGGAACCCAAAUGGACGUCACAGACCGUGGUGCUUCACCACUGACCCAAACACACCCUGGGAGUACUGCAACAUCAAAGCCUGUGAGACACCUCCAGAAAGCAACAUGGUGGAAACAACUGAGUGCUUCCAAGGCAAAGGAGAGGGUUACAGAGGGGCGGUAGACGUAACACCCACUGGACUCACCUGUCAGCGCUGGGACUCCCAGUAUCCCCAUAACCACUCUUUCAUACCUGACGCGUACAGAUGCAAGGACCUGAGAGAGAACUACUGCAGGAACCCCGAUGGCCAGGAUUUCCCAUGGUGCUUCACUACAGACCCAAGAGUCCGGACAAUGUUCUGCACCAACAUCCCUCAAUGCGGCGCCCAAAACAGGCCUGUCAAUGAAUGCUAUGAAAGCCUUGGAGAGAAUUACAAAGGACAGCAGUCAAGGACGAGAUCAAACCUGCCCUGUGCUCCCUGGAGAGACCACAACAGUGGUGAACGGGGUAUGGUGAAGGCAGGAUUGGAGGGAAACUACUGCAGAAAUCCUGAUGGGGACAAACAUGGUCCUUGGUGUUACACCAACAAUUCUGCCAUUUCUUGGGACUACUGCAGUAUAAAACCAUGUGAUGCUUCACAGAGCACAAUUCCACAGGAUGGGUUACCCUCAUUGGGGUGUUUCGUCCAUAAGACAACAAGGAUUGUAGGAGGAGGACCUGUUGGAAUUUCAGACGGAAGCUGGAUGGUCAGCAUACAAAAAGGGUCCGUUCACUGGUGCGGCGGUUCCCUGAUACGAGAAGAAUGGGUACUAACUGACCGACAGUGCUUCUCCUCCUGUGUCCCAGACCUCAGUGAAUAUCGGGUGUGGCUGGGAUCCUCUGACAUUCGAGAGGGUGCUUCUGACUUGUCCAAGAGACAGGAAGUCAGCAUAGCUCAUGUGAUAUGUGGGCCCGACAACUCCAGCUUAGCCCUUUUAAGACUCUCUAAACCUGCCCUUCCUGCAGACAACGUCCAUACGAUCCAGCUGCCCGUGGCUGGAUGCUCCAUCCCAGAGGGAACAGUUUGCAAAAUGUAUGGAUGGGGCGAGACCAAAGGCACUGGCCACGAUGAUGCACUGAAAGCAGUCAGUCUGCCCAUUGUCAGUACUAACAGGUGCAGAGAAAUGCACAGAGGGAACCUUCACAUCACCAACGCCAAGAUCUGUGCCGGUGGGAGGAAAAAUGAGGGAGUGUGCGAGAGGGAUUACGGCGGCCCUCUUGUUUGUCAGGACGGGGUCUUCAGAGUUAUUGUCGGUGUAAGUGUGCACGGCAGAGGCUGUGCUCGGGCAAACCAGCCCAGCAUCUUCAUCAACGUGCCCUUCUACACACAGUGGAUCUACAAGGUCUUCAAACAUUACCCCAACCCUGAAGCCUUUUAGAGCCUCAAGGAAAAGGAGAGGGGCUGCAUUAAAAUUAGGGGCUGUAUUCUUUAACUCCAGUGAUGCAUUCAGAGUCGGACUUUUGCAUACUUUGUAAUCUGCAGCUGAAGACGCUGGUCUGAUGGUGCACUUGCAGUUUGAUGGAGGACUUAAAAUCAUUGGCAAAUGCCACACACUGUCCACUCUAAAAUAAAUCAGAUGCAAUUUAAAUGACGAAAAUAAGAUGAUGUAGAGUAGUAAGGGCAUUAUUUAAAAAAUACUAUAUUAACUGGUAAAAAAAAGUUGACUGUCAGCCUGAAGAACUGCGUUCGACUCUGUCCCAAAUGGUCAUGUUAAAAAUAACUUUACCUUUAAAGUGAAUAUAUGCUGUGGAUAAGCCUCUGCUUGUGCUUGCACUCCAUUUUGCAUACGUUUUUAGGCAUUAGAAACUUAUGCUAAACCACGUACUGUGAUCACAUGCCACAUCUGGGUAGCCUUUUUUCCUAAAUACAGGACGGGAAUUCCGUCCGCUCUGCAAAACAUGAAAAUCCUGAGUCCUCGCUGUAAAAAAAAAAAAAAUAUGAAAGAUGUGCUUGUUGGCAAAAAUAUAUAUGGGCAAAACGGAAAAUUCAGUUGUCAGCGAUUAACAAUCAUGCAAAUAUAUCACACAUUACAUAUAAAUAAACAGUUGGAUUUUGGUGCAUUCAUGUUGCACUGCAAAUAAAUUAGGUUUAAAGCAGGAAAAAAAGGGAAAAUUGCUCUCACUUUUUGUUUUUUAGUUUUAUUUUUUUUUGUUUUUGUGACUUUGUAUCAUUUUCCACCAGAGAUGCUCGUUUGUGAAUAUCUUGUCUCCUGGCAUUACUUGAAUGAAAUAAACACCAAAUCCAGUUGUUCAGCAGCUCCUUUUGUAGAGUAAAUAAUGUGCCACCAGUGGCAGGCCGGUGUAAAAGGGCACUUUCCCCUAAGCCUGAUGUGUCUCUGGGAGCUUUAAUAAAGUGAUCCUUAAUGUAAAUAGUGUUUUAAUGAGUGGAUUUGUGACACUCUAAAUUUAAUUUAGGUCUUAUAGAUCUACUUAUAUAUAUAUUUUUUUCAGUUAAGGUUUUCUGUCACAUUUCUUUGUUCUGAUGUCAGAUUUACAACUCAUAAAUGUCAAAAUAAAUGUAUUUGCAUCAUUGUAUUGAUAUACUACCACUGAUUGUAUAUAUAUGAAAUAAAAUUUUCUCUUUGUAUAUAAACAUGUAAUGUUAUUUAACCUAUAUAGGAUUAAAAAAAAUCAUUUGUAUGUACAAAAGCUCAAUUCAAUACCCUGUUUUACAUAUGACCUAAUUGUGCCUUUUUUAUUGUAAUUUAAUUUAAAGUUACUGCAGCAGUAUUUGUAUGUACAGAAGAAUCCUGUUGAGGGACAUUGUGUACGUGCGUGUGCAUGUGUGAGCCAGAGCUGAAUGAAUUAUCCCUCCACUCAGACCUUGGCAGAUCCCCAACUUCAUUCCACUCUGGAUAAUAGUGUCACAAAGUGUGUUGCUUCAAACUUUGGGGAUGGGAUAGUCUGUGAUACCGACUUGUCUGUAAUGGGAUUCACUGUGAUGACUUAUUGGUCUUUAAAAAAAAAAAAAACUGAACACAUAUUUAGCUUGGAUCAGGUGUAGCUUUAUAUCAUAAGCACAUUAUGUUUGUGUGAAAAUGAUGAAACAGUUCUGUGUGAGUGUCAGAGUAAUGGAUGUGUGGAUGUCUGCUAGAUUCUAAAGGUUGUACAUUAAUGCCUUUCGUAUAUACUUCCAGUAUGUUAAACUAUAAAGCAGUUAUUUGAA